AUGACCGUUCCUUUCCUGAAACAGAACGAGCUUUGCCAUGUGCUGUCUGUAAAUGAUUGCAGGAUAUUCAGCGACAUUAAAGAGGAAGAUGAGCACACCCAAUAUUUGCCGGGAGACCCACGCAUUCAGCUCACAGAUCCAAACAUUGGGAGUCGUCUCCAAGCCGAGUUCGUCACAGAAGACCUGGAUAAGAUGGCGCCGCAUCUCUGGCUGAUGUCUACACAGAGCAGCAGCAACAUCUCACCACUCACUGAACAGAUCACUCGCGGUCGAAGAUUGAUAGUCACUGAGAAUCCAGGGUUACAUCUCGUGUGGAUUCAUGAUCGUGUAUUUCUCAAACCUUUGCCUGAGUACCUUUUCUCGCAUGCCUUUUGGGAGUACUACCUCGUUUCAUCACAUUCCCCGAUAGAAGCACCUUUCCGUCAAAUGCUUCUCAAGGCAAUAUUCUUCAACCUCUCCUCGAUAUCAGUUUGGCGAGUUGAGGCAUACACGGCUCAAUUUCUGGUGCAAGAUAUUCCUGUCAAAGUCGAGCUACCACAGAGCUGA